AUGGUCGGAUUCUUUAACACUCCCACACCACCAACCCACACCACCACCAUCCCCGCAAUCCUUGAGCACAUCGACACCUGGUGUAUUCACCUCCAAACCCUCACUUCAACCACUCCAGACCAACAACCAACCUCCCCAAAGACAGUUAUCAACGGUUUCUACCGUCCUAACCCAACCCUCCUCCUCAUUAGCAUAACACCCUCCUCCUACCUUCUCGACCUCCUCCAAACCCUCUCCCAAACAUUCCCAGACCUUGGUCUCCGCCAAAAGCAAAUCAACCACCUCUCCCUUUGCUACUGGGACGACGUCCAACCAACUGUCAUCCCCGACACCCUCCUCGCAGAACGCGUCGAGUUAACAAACCAGGCAACGCGCCUCGCACAAGAAAAGAUCCCAAUGGUCGAUAUCCCUGCCAGCACCACCAUCGAGAAUGAAGGCUGGGAUGUAGUCAUCUACUCGAUUGAGGGACGUAAUAAGGCCAGUGGGUUACCGUACCCUUUGCAGGAGAUCAAACGCUGGACCCUCCCUUCUUUCGUCUAG